CUGUUUAUUUGCCAAAAUAGGUCAACCGAGACUGAAAUGGCUGAAAAAUUUUACUUUAGAAAUAAAGGAAGUCAGAGGACCCCCUUCCACCCUUGUCUGAAGCAGGUUGGUGACAUUUGCAUUUGGGGCUGGCAUUAGCAAGUUCCUGCCGGCUUGUCCUUGCAGGGACUUCUGCGGUUGCUUUCAAAUCAAGUUAGCACAUGCAAUCUACGAGAGAUUGCAUUUUGAAAUGAGAGGACAGGCAGGGAGACCUUCUCACCCUCGUGUUUGUGAUUGACAACGAAAGGGAUAAUAAAACCUCAAAACACCAAGGCUUCGUGAAUGCCAAGUGCUGGAACCAGGCUGGCUGCAAAUCGUCAAUUUAUCCUUGUGAUCCUUGUCAUCGUCAUCCUCUGGUUCAGCCUGGAUAGCCCGUCAGAAAAACAAGUGUGGCAUUUAACUGAGAGUCAUUAAUACAUAAUUGUGCCAGAAACUUGCAGAAGUACAGGGAGAAAACCUUAAUGGACAGAGAGAAUCGGGGUGUUGUCAAAAACUUUGUUCAUUCCCUGAUUUUUAGAUUUUUCCCGUGCCUUUGAGGAGGUGUAGGUAAAAGAGGUCUGAUUGCUACACAGAGGAGAUAGAAUUUAAAGGGCCAAGUUCAUUGAUGUUAAUCUUAAAUGAUAAGAAGUCAAGGACAACCUUCCUGUCUGUCAGAGAGCAUCUUUGAUCGGGGAGCACACAUUCUGGUGGUUGGUUUGGUACACAAGAAGGUGGAUUGUUUCGUUUUGCUUUUUGGGUUUUUUUCUCAGGGGCCGAGAGGCGUGCUUUGGAAUGGGUAAUGGGUAACUGUGUAAUGGGCAGAUCUCAUAGGACUAACCCGUUCCAGGGUCCCUUUUUCUGGAAAGAUGGAAGUUUGGGUUCAGUUGUCUUCACAGCGACUUACCGAGGGAUGUAAGAAUGGGCUUUAGUGCGUGGUUAAUAUUUAAUUAGAUCGUUCCCAGAAAUAUCCCGUGAGCUGCCAGCCAGGCCCCGUGGUAGAAAGGACCUGGAGAGCUGAGGUUGCUGUUUGCACGUCUCGGGACAGAAAAUAGCACAUUCAAUCCAGGGGCCCAGCCUCGACUUUCCGCUCCCAGGCUCCUGGGCCAGGAGGAAGAGAAAGGCCUCCCUGGGGAGCUUUCUGGAUAGGACACCCCUUUGCGAAGGUCUCCCAGGUUAGCAAUCAGGGGUGCUAAGGGAGGGCAGCCACGGUUCCCUCCGGUGGCUGUUUCAUGGUGAGUGUGUGCACGGUGGCUGUCUAGAAAGUACCCAGCCAUGGACCUGUUCUUCGUAUAUUCACAGUGGCUGGAUGCUUUCUGGACAGCCCUCGUGUAAUCCCAGGGUAGAGUCUAGGAAACUAGUGUAUUCUUUUCUUCCCCAAUGCUUUAGCCCCUUUGGGGAUUUAAAAAAAAAAAAAGCCCUUUUCAGACUGGACGUGACAAAAUGUUAGCGGUUUGUUGUUGCGGUUGUAUUCUGAAUAGAGGAAACUAUAGAAUAUAGUAUGCUGCGAUCUGAGGCUGAAAAUUGUACCUUUAAAAAGACGGUGUGAUAUCAUGGGAUGCACCUGUACGCAGGUGGCCCUGAGUUCUACCUGUGCCCCUGGGUGAGUUGCCCACCUCCUAAAUCUUUCCUUGUCUGUAAAAAUAGGGAUGAUUCCAACCACCGAAUAGGGCUGUUCCGAGGUGUGAUGCCACGAGGUUGGCUGCGGAGUGGUCCUGCCAAGGUGUCCCCGGGGUGGUCCCCGGAACUGUGAAUGUGAUCUUACUUGGUAAGGGGCGUGGCGGGCAGGUUGCCCCUCCGCGGCCUUGAGCUGGGGCGAUUAUCCCGGGUUACCAGGUGGGCCCUGUGUCAUCACGAGAGUCUUUAAAUGUGGACUUGGGAGGCCGGAGAGGUCAGAGUGACGGAAUGUGGGAAGGUCUCCACAGACCACUGCUGGCCGCAAAGACGCAGCGAGGAGCCACUGGCCAGGGGAGCGUGGGUGUCCCCUGCCACCUGGGAAUUCUCCCCUGCAGCCUCCGGGAAGAGAUUCAGCCUUUGCGACACCUUGAUUUUUAGCUCCGUAAGACCCAUUUCGGACCUCUGACCUCCAGAACUGUGAGGAGGGAUGAGUUUGUGUUUUUUUUUUUUGUUUUUUUUUUGUACCAAAGGCAUGUGGCUAGAGUUUGUGUUGUUUGAAGCCACUGAGUUUAUAGUGCUCUGCUACAGCAGCCCCGGGGAACUAAUUCAUACGGCCAUCAGCAUCAGCAAAGCCAUCAACAGCCAGGAGGCCCCCGUGAAGGAGAAGCACGCGCGGCGCAUCAUCCUGGGCACGCACCACGAGAAGGGGGCCUUCACCUUCUGGUCCUACGCCAUCGGGCUGCCGCUGCCCAGCAGCGCCAUCCUCAGCUGGAAGUUCUGCCACGUCCUGCACAAGGUCCUCCGAGACGGCCACCCCAACGUGAGCAGCACGCAGGGCGGGAGGCCCGGGAAGGUGGAACAGCAUCCGGUCCGAGUGCUGCACGACUGCCAGCGGUACCGGAGCAACAUCCGGGAGGUCGGAGACCUGUGGGGGCAUCUGCACGACCGGUACGGACAGCUGGUGAGCGUCUACACCAAGCUGCUGCUCACCAAGAUCUCCUUCCACCUCAAGCACCCCCAGUUCCCCGCGGGCCUGGAGGUGACAGAUGAGGUGUUGGAGAAGGCGGCUGGCACCGACGUCAACAACAUCUUCCAGCUCACCGUGGAGAUGUUCGACUACAUGGACUGUGAGCUGAAGCUCUCUGAAUCAGUUUUCCGGCAGCUCAACACAGCCAUCGCCGUGUCCCAGAUGUCCUCGGGCCAGUGCCGCCUGGCCCCACUCAUCCAGGUCAUCCAGGACUGCAGCCACCUGUACCACUACACGGUCAAGCUCCUGUUCAAGCUGCACUCCUGUCUCCCGGCGGACACCCUGCAAGGCCACAGGGACCGGUUCCACGAGCAGUUUCACAGCCUCAGGAACUUCUUCCGACGAGCCUCCGACAUGCUCUACUUCAAGCGGCUCAUCCAGAUCCCCCGGCUGCCCGAGGGACCCCCCAACUUCCUGCGGGCCUCCGCCCUGGCCGAGCACAUCAAGCCUGUGGUGGUGAUCCCGGAGGAGACCCCGGAGGACGAGGAGCCGGAGAACCUCAUCGAGAUCAGCACGGGGCCCCCGGCCGGGGAGCCAGCGGUGGUGGCUGACCUCUUUGAUCAGACGUUUGGACCCCCCAAUGGCUCCCUGAAGGACGACAGGGACCUCCAGAUCGAGAACUUGAAGAGGGAGGUGGAGACGCUCCGCGGCGAGCUGGAGAAGAUCAAGCUGGAGGCCCAGCGCUACAUCUCGCAGCUGAAGGGCCAGGUGAACGCGCUGGAGGCCGAGCUGGAGGAGCAGCGGAAGCAGAAACAGAAGGCCCUGGUGGACAACGAGCAGCUCCGCCACGAGCUGGCCCAGCUGAGGGCCGCGCAGCUGGAGGGCGAGCGGAGCCAGAGCCUGCGCGAGGAGGCCGAGAGGAAGGCCAGCGCCACGGAGGCGCGCUACAACAAGCUGAAGGAGAAGCACAGCGAGCUCAUCAGCACGCACGCGGAGCUGCUGCGGAAGAACGCAGACACAGCCAAGCAGCUGACGGUGACACAGCAGAGCCAGGAGGAGGUGGCACGGGUAAAGGAGCAGCUGGCCUUCCAGAUGGAGCAGGUGAAGCGGGAGUCCGAGCUGAAGCUGGAGGAGCAGAGCGACCAGCUGGAGAAGUUCAAGAGGGAGCUGGAGGCCAAGGCUGGGGAGCUGGCCCGCGUGCAGGAGGUCCUGAGCCGCACGGAGCAGAGCGGGUCGGAGCUGAGCUCGCGGCUGGAGGCGCUGCGCGCCGAGAAGGACGCACUGAGUGGGGCCGUGCAGCAGCGGGAGGCCGACCUGCUGGCGGCCCAGAGCCUGGCGCGCGAGAGGGAGGCGGUGCUGAGCCAGGAGCAGCAGCGCGGCUCCCGGGAGCGGGGCGAGCUCCAGGCACGGCUGGCAGAGAAGGAGUCGCAGGAGCAGGGGCUGCGGAGGAAGCUGCUGGACGAGCAGUUCGCGGUGCUGAGGGGCGCGGCUGCUGAGGCCGAGGCCAUCCUGCAGGACGCCGUGAGCAAGCUGGAUGACCCCCUGCACCUGCGCUGCACCAGCUCUCCAGACUACCUGGUGAGCAGGGCCCAGGCCGCCUUGGAUUCUGUGAGCGCCCUGGAGGAGGGCCACGCCCAGUACCUCACCUCCUUGGCAGAUGCCUCCGCCCUGGUGGCAGCCCUGACCCGGUUUUCCCACCUGGCUGCGGACACCAUCAUCAAUGGCAGUGCCACCUCCCACCUGGCCCCCACUGACCCUGCUGACCGUAAGUGGGUCCUGGGCGGCAGGGUCAGCCACUUCACCGGCUUGUCUCCCUGGGGGUCUUCAUGGCAGCCUGGGGAGGGGCCUGUGUGCGGCAGCGUCACGGGGCUUUCUUCCUGCUCAGGCCUAAUGGACACCUGCAGGGAGUGUGGGGCCCGGGCGCUGGAGCUCGUGGGGCAGCUGCAGGACCAGCAGGCUCUGCGGCGGGCACAGCCCGGCCUGGUGCGGACCCCCCUGCAGGGCAUCCUUCAGCUGGGCCAGGAGCUGAAGCCCAAGAGCCUGGAUGUGCGGCAGGAGGAGCUGGGGGCCAUGGUGGACAAGGAGAUGGCAGCCACGUCUGCGGCCAUUGAAGACGCUGUGCGAAGGAUCGAGGACAUGAUGAACCAGGCUCGCCACGCCAGCUCGGGGGUGAAGCUGGAAGUGAAUGAGAGGAUCCUCAACUCCUGCACGGACCUCAUGAAGGCGAUCCGGCUGCUGGUGAUGACGUCCACCAGCCUGCAGAAGGAAAUCGUGGAGAGCGGCAGGGGGGCAGCCACGCAGCAGGAAUUUUACGCCAAGAACUCGCGCUGGACUGAAGGCCUCAUCUCAGCCUCCAAGGCGGUGGGCUGGGGAGCCACACAGCUGGUGGAGGCGGCUGACAGGGUGGUGCUUCACACCGGCAAGUACGAAGAGCUCAUUGUCUGCUCCCAUGAGAUCGCGGCCAGCACUGCCCAGCUGGUGGCCGCCUCCAAGGUAAAGGCCGACAAGCACAGCCCCCACCUGAGCCGCCUGCAGGAAUGCUCCCGCACCGUCAACGAGCGGGCUGCCGGCGUGGUGGCCUCCACCAAGUCAGGCCAGGAGCAGAUCGAAGACAGAGACACCAUGGACUUCUCCGGCCUGUCCCUCAUCAAGCUCAAGAAGCAGGAGAUGGAGACCCAGGUGCGCGUCCUAGAGCUAGAGACGACACUGGAGGCCGAGCGCAUGCGGCUGGGGGAGCUGCGGAAGCGGCACUACGCGCUGGCCGGGGCGGGCGCCGCACCCAGCGAGGAGGAGCCUGGCCGGCCCAGCACUGCCCCUCGAAAGAAGCCACCCCUGGCGCAGAAGCCCAGCGUGGUCCCCCGACAGGAUCACCAGCUCGACAAAAAGGACGGUGUCUACCCGGCUCAACUCGUGAACUACUAGGCCCCCCAGGGGUCCAGCAGGGCAGCUAGUGGACAGGCCUGGGCCUCCAGUGGCCUCGCACCUGGGUCAGUGUCCUCAAGGCCCCUGGCCCUCAGGGGGCCUGGGUUGUGCGGAUGGUUCUUCUGGAUUCGAGUCUAUUUAUCUGCAAAAGGAGCUUGGGAGAGCAGCUGGGACCCAGGAGGCCUGAGCCACAACUCUUCAGGAAAAAGUGGAAGGUUUUUAAUAUUCUGAGUUAGAGCUUUUCUCCUAAAUUUAUAGUCAGCACACUGGGAAACAGGGCCACUGGAGGGGCCCCUGCCUUCUGGACUUGCUAAGACCUCCUAUCUGCGGCCUUCUUGGGGCACUGACUCCACACGCCCUCAGGCCAUGUGGCCUCCGCAGAGGAUGCUCUGGGAUAGGCUGGAAGGGCGCUGCCCACUUCUUGGGCUGGCCCUCGAGCAUCCCUCCUGCAAGCCCCUCAAAAAGAAGUCGGAGGCCAGAAGUGGCUACUGUCUGGGAAUCAAGGCAGGUGCCCCCAGCCCAGGUGCUGCCUUCCCUCCUGGGAUUUCCACUUACGGCUGCAGCCUGCAGCCACCCUCCGUUUCCUGUUUUCCCUUCCCCUGGCCUGGCCAGCCCAGCCCUGCGCCCUCCAGCUCAGCCAGAAAAAGCCCAGAAACCCCUCAGGGUGGUCUGGGGCAGGCUGGCCUGGCUUUGCUUGCCGCUGUCAACUUGAACAAGUGUGUUCCCUGAGCCCGAGGGGAGUGGCUGCAGGGGUUGGGGACCAGGCUGGGAGGGCAGAGCCAGCACUAGGCUGGACAAGCCCCCUGUCCUCCCACCCUGGCCUGUGCAUACUGAGCACGGUCCAGGAGGGGCAGAGCAGCUUUGUUAGUACUUCCUUGUGUUGAAGUGUUCCGUUGGCAAUAAAAUGCACUUUGACUGUUGUCA